GUAAGCUGUUCACUUCCCGACUUUGUAGGAAGCGAGAAGCAGCUGCUAUGUGGAUGUCGGUUUUAUUGUAUUGUACAGAAGCAGUAGUAGUGAAAUAGUAACGUACAAUAACGAAUACUGAAAUUUGAUAGAGGUAGUUAGUAGCUAUAUAUAGAUAUUGUAUUAUAUUGUUAAAUUUCACCUAGCUGUUUUACUAGACUGUCAGUAACGUUAGCUAAAGUUUACAAUGGGCUUACUCACAAUACUAAAGAAAAUGAAGCACAAGGAACGAGAGAUGAGACUACUGAUGCUUGGCCUAGAUAAUGCUGGGAAAACGACCAUUUUGAAAAAAUUCAACGGAGAAGAUGUCAGUACCAUCUCCCCUACACUAGGGUUCAAUAUAAAAACGCUGGAACACAGAGGGUUUAAACUGAACAUCUGGGAUGUGGGAGGCCAGAAGUCACUGCGUUCCUAUUGGAGGAAUUACUUUGAGAGCACAGAUGGGCUGGUGUGGGUUGUGGACAGCGCUGACAGAUUGAGACUGGAGGAUUGCAGGCAAGAGCUGAGCGCUCUGCUACUAGAAGAGCGCCUAGCUGGAGCCACUCUCUUGGUGUUUGCCAAUAAGCAGGACCUGCCGGGGGCACUGUCUAAAGAUGCCAUUAGGGAGGCGAUGGCUCUGGACAGUAUAAAGACUCAUCAUUGGUGUAUCAUUGGGUGCAGUGCAGUUACUGGGGAGAACCUGCUUCCUGGUGUCGACUGGCUACUGGAUGACAUCGCCGCACGGAUAUUCACAGCCGACUGAGGCAAUAUUCACACACUAACCUAACAGAUACACUUAAUACUCUGCUCAUGAAUCCACACACAUCCAUACAGGACAAUAAUCUAGGCAACUGCAGUCGAACUCUUGAUGGAAAAUGGAUCACUGGCACCACAGUGGUCAUUCCUGAAGAGUUUUCAUAUUUGGCUUUUUUUUUUUUUUUUAACAGAAGACUGAAGUCAAGGGACCCUAACAUAUUGAGAUCCUCACAUAUCACUAUUGGUUGUAAAUCUUUCUUGUGUGCAGUAUGACUAAGUUAUAAUUUGUGGUAUUACCAGUUUUGUUCUGAGAAAUCAAAAUAAACUUUUAAAAAAAUCUAUGAAGCGUAUUUUCAACUUCAAGUUUAUCUUCAAGUUCAGCCAAAACUUUUCUAAAUCUUCUGUACUGCACAAUAAACACAUUGGUUAUAAUUACUGAAUCAGAUUACAGCAAAAUUUUGAACCACCUCAGAGCAAAUGUCUAGUCUAGGUUGACCACUGCAGACCUUGAAUUCAGUUUCUGGCCAAGCCCCCCCCCCCCUACUGGCCAAUUUGUAAAUAUACUCACAUGCCAAAGCCUUAUGUGCCUCUUGCUGUAGCUGGCUAGUGAUAUGCUUCAAUCCAGCACAACCUGGUGCAGAUGAAAAGCAGUGUUGUAGGGGACCAAACUAUGGAUCACUGACUGACUAAACCUUUUCAGCUCAAUGCUCUGCAGGUUCAUUAACACGCUUCUUGUUCAGCUUAUCCAAGCACUAUAAAGAAGAGUUAAUUUAUGCAGUAUUGAUCCCAAGAAAUAUGCAGGCCCAAAUGCUGCUGUGGCAAGAGUAGUAUGUUGCAUGUUAAGUCUCCUGCUCCUCUAAAAGCUGGUGUUAAUAGCAUAGCUGCUUGGUAAUGUAUGUUAGAGGGCUGGUCAAAGCUUUGAUCUAAUAUCAGCCAUUGUGUGUGUGUUUGCUACAUGUACAAUAAACAGAGUACCAUAGAGA